AUGCCCGGUUGCUGUAUUGAGAAUUGCAAAAAUCGCAGCGAAAGAGGCUUUCGUUUAUUUCGCGUGCCAACAGGCGAUAGACGUAAAGAAUGGCUUGAAUUAAUUGGCAAAAAAACAUUGUCUGAAACAGCUGUAGUUUGUGAGGUCCAUUUCGACAAUAAUCAAUUUGAAAAUAAUCGUGAAGAUGGAAGAAAGCUGCUUCGUCCAUUUUCAAAACCUAAUUUGUUACAGAAACACAUAGCAGAAGAUAAAGAUAAAGAGGAAAAUAAUUCUAGGAAUCCGGAAUUUUCCAGUGAUGUCGAGGUUAUACAAUUUUGUGAAUGUGAGAUCAAUACAACAACAAAUAUAAUAAACGCAUCACAGUAUGAAAUGUAUAAUACAAAAUAUAUAGAAUCUUUAAAAUUAAAUUUAAAGAGGGCUAAACGGCUAUGCAAUCAAUUAAAAGCAAAAUUGCAAAAAAGACAAGCAAAUUUUGAUAAAGUUUUUAACAUAGAUCAAAGAAAGUGUAUCGCACGUUCAUCGUACAGAGGAAUAUCGUGGUCGGCACGUACAAUUAAUAAAGCAUUGAAACUUUAUGUGGCCUGUGGACAAAAAGGAUAUGAGGAAAUUUGUCGACAGAAUUUGCCUUAUCCAAGUAUUCGUACCUUGGAGCGUAUUCAACAUUUAAAAUUUAAGCCUGGUAUGGAAAAGAUCUUCACUAUAUUAAAGAUUAAAGCUAGUGCUAAUUAGUAACUUUCUAUUAAAUUAUCAUAAUUUC